AUGAUUAUGUGCACUCUAUGUGAGAAUUAGUUGAUGAAAGAUAUUGUUAUUCUUAUAUAAUGUGGACAUCUUUAUCAUAUUAAUUGCUAUAGUAAAUAUAAUUAAUAAAAUGAAUCAAAAAUUUGUGUGAAUUGUGAAAAUGAAAAUGACUCAAUCGAAGUUAGAUUUUUAAUUGAUUAAACUGAUACUAUUCCUAUUUAGUAGUUGAAUUAAUUAAAGAUUAUGCGUAAAUCAAUUUUAGAAAAAAGAGAAUAAGAAAUACAGCUGACAAUUAAAAAUUAUAAAUUCCUCUUAUUAGAUUAUUAUAUGGUUAUAUGUGAUCUGUAAUAACUCAUUUAAGAUAAAAACUGGUAGAUUAAACAUCAACAACUAAAUUCUAAGAACAUAACUGAUAAUAUCUUUGAUGAUUAAGACUUAUUAUUAUCUUUCUAUUAAUAAAGUGAUUACAAUAAAAAAGAAGCUUAUUAUUAAAAUUUAUAAGAUAAUUAUAAUAAAAUAUAUCUUCGUAAAAUAGACUAUUAAAUAAUAAGUAAAAAAAUUGAAAAUUAAGAUUAAAAUAUUAUUUAUUUCAAAGAUAUUUGUUCAAUCCAAAAUCAGGAUGAAAAUUCAUAUGAUAAAAAUUUAAAGUGCUUUUAAUUUUAGAUCUUUUCAAUUCAAAAUAAACUUAAGAAUUUUGAAGAAUAAUUAAGUUUAAUUCAAUCUAUUAUUAAAUAAUAAACUAGUAUAGAUAAAUUAUGCACUCUUUGUUCAGAAAAAUAGAAUACAGAAAUUGUAACUUUAACAAAUUGUGGUCAUAUAUACCAUUUAAAAUGUUUUGAAAUGUCAAAUUAGCAAACUCAUUCUUGCCUUAAUUGUUUAAAUAACUUCAAGACUUCAAUCAUUCAAUUUUAGAUAGAAGAUUCUCAAUAAAUUAAAAUAUUAUAAAAUAAAGAAUCAUUUAGAUGGAGUUUAAAAAAUUUAGAAAUCAGAAAAGUAUAACUUUUAAAUGAAAUAUCUAAUCAUAUAAAAAUUGAUAAGGAUUAUUCUGUAGUAAUAUAAAAUUUAGUGUAAUAUAUUUAAAAAUUAUAAAAUACAACUAAAGAUAUUUAAGAAGUUAGCUUAAUCUCUUAAGAUGAAUAAGAUUUAGGUAUAAAAUAUAUAGACAACUAAAAUUUUCAAAAAUUUGAGAAUAAUAUUUUAAAUUCUAAGAAAAUUUACUUAAAUUAAAUUUUUAAAGAAGAAAAUUAAGUUCGAGAAUCAUAUGAUUAAGUAAUCUACUUUGUAGAUAUUUGUUAUCCAUAGAAUCAUUGUGUAAAUAAAAUAAAUUAGAAUUUAUAAAAUUUAAUAUCUAAGAGAUUAGAAUUGUAAUAAAGAUGGGAAAUUUUAGAGGAACAGUUAGAGAUGGCAGAAAAUCGAUUAGUAGAUAGAUAUAGAUAUAGAUAAGAAUAAUAAGAUAGAAGAAUAGGAAUCAGAAGAAGGCCUCCAUAAACAGAGACUAAAAAAUUAAAUGAAAGAUUGAAUGAUCUUCUAGGUUAUCCAAAUAAAUUUAAAUUAUAUCUAAAUAAUUUUGAAUAGAAAGAUUAAUAAAGUGAAAUUUCUAAUGAAUAUUCAUAAACAGAUGAGUUUUUUUGA